AUUUUUUCCUUCACAAACAAAAAAAAAAAACCAUGUUGGUAAAAAAGAGCAUUCUUUUGUUUUCUCUAGUCCUUAUUUUCUAUGUCACUUUGGUGGCAAGUGAUUGUACGUGUGAUUCUGAAGGAUUACUAGCGACUGAUCCCAAAAGUGCCACCCUAAAAUAUAAACUAGGGGCCAUUGCCGCCAUUCUGGCGGCAGGGUCCCUAGGAGUUUUUCUACCUAUACUAGGAAAAAACAUCCCUGCUCUCCAUCCGGAGAGCAAUUUGUUUUUCCUCGUAAAAUCUUUCGCCGCAGGAGUAAUUUUAUCGACUGGAUUUAUUCAUAUACUACCGGAUGCGUUCGAAGAUCUUACAAAUCCUUGCCUUAAAGACCCUUGGGGGAGUUUUCCCUUCACUGGGCUCUUCGCCAUGGUUGGAGCUCUAGGAAGUUUGAUGAUUGAUGCUUUUGCUACUGGCUAUUAUCGACGAGCUCAUUACGCAAAGCCUGCUUCAUCGGCUAGUGUAGAUGAGGAGAGGAGUGCGGAGCAUGCUGGACAUGUUCAUCUUCACUCGCACGGUACUCAUGGUCAUGCUCAUGGUCCUGGUCCUGGUGCUACUCCUGAAGGGUUAAAAGAGUUGGAUUUAAUCAGAUAUAAAAUUACAUCACAGGUGUUGGAGAUGGGUAUCCUGGUUCAUUCGGUGAUAAUAGGACUAUCAUUAGGAACUUCUCAAAGCCUUGAUACUAUCAAACCUUUAAUGGUAGCUUUGUGUUUCCAUCAAUUUUUUGAGGGUGUUGGUCUUGGUGGAUGCAUCGUACAGGCAGCUUUCAAGUCAGCAUCUACGUUGUGCAUGGCAUUGUUCUUCUCCCUUACUACACCGGUGGGAGUCGCCGUCGGCAUCGGAAUAAGCAACAGCUACGAUGACAGUAGCCCAACUGCAUUAAUCGUUCAAGGGCUGUUAAAUGCAAUCGCUGGAGGGAUCUUGAUUUACAUGGCACUUGUUGAUCUUUUAGCUCAAGAUUUUAUGAGCCCUAAGGUGCAAACCAACACUAAGCUUUUCUUUGGGGCUAAUAUUACCUUGUUACUUGGUGCUGGUUGUAUGGCUGUUUUGGCUAUAUGGGCUUGAUUUUUUUGGUCUUGAGUAAGCACUUUCGUGCUGUGGUUAUAGUUAUAGAUUAGUUUGUUUUAUUCUUCCAUUUUCUAUUCUUUUUCAUUUUACAUUUGUAAGUAAGUGUUUAUAUAGUAAUAUACUUUAGAUCACCUUUUGAA